UGAACUCGCAUCCUCGUGGAUACUAGUCAGGUUCUUAACCCUCUGAGCCACAAUGGGAACUCCCCCAGGCCCUCUUCCGCCUUUGGGAGGCAAAGCUACCGCAGAGCCCCCUCCCCCACCCCUGCUUCCCAGCCCACCCAGACCUCGGUGCUGGUGGCUGGGCCACUUCUUUUUUUUCUUUUUCUGGCCACCCUGCGGCAUGUGGAUCCUGGAUCAGGGAUCAGGUCUGAGCCGAAGUUGCAACCUACACUGACCUACACUGACAUUGCAGGAACACCCGUUCCUUAACCCUCUGUGCAAGCCCUGGGAACUCUGAUCCUGUUGGGUCAUGUUGGAGCUCCCGGGCACUUUCUAAUUGUGCUUGGGGCCCAGAGAGGGGUGGACACUGGUCAGAGGUCACAGUUAGUGGUGGGACCUGGGCUCAAGUGUCCUUCUGUCUGCUCAGACGUUCCUGGAACACAGCCUCUGGGCGCCUGGGGAACAGCUGGCCGGGAGACGUUUCUGGAAAGAAACUAGAAGGGGGCAUUUACACACCACACAGGAGAUGGGAAAUGGCUGAUCCUGGAUUAGCUGGGGUGGGGGGAUGGAUCCAGGGUGUGGGGCUGGGGUGGAGGCCAGGGCAGCCCCACCCAAGGACAGUUGGGUUUUCUCUGGUGGAGGGAAGGGGAGGGGUUGAGGUGGGAUUGGGUCUUGUCUGGGCUGGGAAGGGUUAAGCCCUCCCUGGCUCUCUCUCCUCUCUCUCCCAGGCCGCUCUCCCCUCCUGACCUUUCUCCUCUCAGGCCGGCCGGCCUUGGGCUCAGCACCCUAAGCCACCCGAGCAGCACCCUGCUAGAUUCUCAUGGCCAACCUGAGCCCCUCGCAGCUCCAGAAGUUCCAGGAGGAUGGGUUCCUGGUGCUGGAAGGAUUCUUGUCUGCAGCCGAGUGUGUGGCCAUGCAGCAGAGGAUUGGCGAGCUUGUGGCCGAGAUGGAUGUCCCUCGCCACUGCCGCACGGAAUUUUCCACCCAGGAGGAGGAGCAGCUGCGAGCCCAGGGCAGCACAGACUACUUCCUGAGCAGCGGUGACAAGAUCCGAUUCUUCUUUGAGAAGGGUGUCUUUGAUGAGAAAGGCAAUUUCCUGGUCCCUCCGGAGAAAGCCAUCAACAAAAUCGGCCAUGCUUUGCACGCCCAUGACCCUGUCUUCAGGUGCAUCACUCACUCGCCCAAGGUGCAGGCCUUGGCCAGGAGUCUGGGCCUCCAGAUGCCCGUGGUGGUGCAGAGCAUGUAUAUCUUUAAGCAACCUCACUUUGGUGGCGAAGUCUCCCCUCACCAGGACGCCUCCUUCCUGUACACGGAGCCCCUGGGCCGGGUGCUGGGCAUGUGGAUGGCACUGGAGGAUGCCACGCUGGAGAACGGCUGCCUCUGGUUCAUCCCCGGCUCCCACACAGGUGGGGUGUCGAGAAGGAUGGUCCGGGCCCCUGCUGGCUCGGCCCCGGGCACCAGCUUCCUUGGGUCUGAGCCAGCUCGGGAUAACAACCUCUUUGUGCCCACACCAGUGCGGAGAGGCUACCUCUUUGGGAAACCAACUGAAACUGAACCUGAGACUUAGUUUCCCCAAAUGCAAAGUAGAGAAGCCAGUGAGAUGACAGGUAAAGUGGCGCACAAGUGCUCACAGAUGCUGGCCGUCAGCACAUCCUUCCUUUUAUGUAUGUAGGUAUGUAUGUAUUUAGUUUGCUUUUUAGGGCCGCACCCACAGCGUAUGGAGG